AUGGAGACUCGAAACGCUCGAAGAAAGAGGUGCCACAGCUCUGCCUCAAAUGCCGGGCAUAGCUCUCCCAUUCAAGCUGGGAAGACUCGCCACUCUGAUGUCCGAGCUUGCGAAACUCCCCGCCAUCCACACAAGAGGGUGCGCUUCUCAGACCCGGGUCCUGUGACGCAAGAUACCCCCGACUACGCCACGGGUCUCACGCCAGCUAUGUGCCGCACGUCCUUUGAGGAAAGGGAGUAUAGCAAUACGCUGCAGGGAACCCCAAGUCGCCGAGCCCGGCGCCGCUCCACCCCUCUUCCGCGGUCUCGUCGCAUUGCCGACAGCCAGUUGCCUCUUGGUAAUGAACCUACUACGAGAGUACUACACUUUACCCCUCUGCGGCAGCUCCUGGACACACGAACCCAGCGCAGGAUCAGACGGUUCGGGUUGAGUGACGAAAUUACGAGCAUAGAACGCGACAAGCGAGCCGCUGCCCAGUAUGAGAAGUCCCUCGACUUGCUGCUGCGCGAAAGAGACUCGUUGAAGCGGGAACUGGAGUCAUCGAAGAAAAGCACAAUGUCCCCGGGAAGCCAAUCAAUCAGUGACGAUGGACAGUGGAUGACGCCCGCGGAUCGAAUCCAGCAUUUAGAGUAUGGUAACAGUCGGUUAAGAGCACAACUUUGCUUUUCUGGUAGCGAAAUUCCUCACUACCAGCGCUCAGAAUCCGGCAGCUCGAUAGACACAGUUAUAAUCAACGAUAGCGGCUUUGAAGGCGAAACCAUCUUUAUGUCAGACUCUCCUGAUAUUCGUGGGGCAGAAAGACACUAUUCAGUUCCCGAUGAUAUCUCGCUUCUGAGCCCAAAGGCAUCGGGCGUUGACGCUUCCGUACAAACUUCGCAGCCUAACCCCAACCUUGACCCCGAGUUCAUCACCCUUACACGAGACUUGGACGCGGCAAAGAAGGAGAAGCGAGACCUAUUCGAAGCAUGCCGUCCUCAGCUUGACUUACUCAGCGGAACUCCCCUUGAGCGGCACCUUCGCCAGCCUUCCCCACCUCUGGACUUCUUAGACGUUAUUCUUCCGAGCCUGGUGCAGACUCUAAACCGUGCCGCAGACGCCACGCAUACAUUGAACACCAUCCAAGAUGAGCUUUCGAGCCUAGGAUUCCAUGGCGAAGAUGCAUUGGACACAAUAAAUGAGAUGCGCCAUCGAUUUCGGACUGCUCGCCUUGAACUUGAGCGCGCCGUACCUGGAGAAACUGCCGAUGCGGGAUUGAACGACGGCAACUCUACUCUAAGCGUCUUGGUCAGAAGAGUCGAGGCAUUGGUCAAAGAGCUUGACGAAGAGCAGACACGGCAUCACGGCUCAGUCGAUCGAGAGAGAGCUUUGCGGGGGCAGUUUGAUACUCUCCUAGUCCGGUACGAGGACGCAUCGAAAAAGAUACAGGAUCUAGAAGAGUCUAUUGCAUCAUCUGCAAGCGAUAUGCUGCACACGCGAAUCCGGAUGCAGGAACUAGAACGUGAAGUACAGGAUCAUGUCGUCGGUAUUGACAGGCUGAACGCUGCGCUUGACAAGUAUCAUGAUGAAGUCAAAAGCCUAGAGAAUCUUGUAACAAAGUUGGAAGAUGAGAAACUUCAGCGUACUGAGAAACACGCGCAGCAAUUAUCUCAGUUGCACCAGAAGGUUGCAGACGAAGAAAAGGCACGUCAAACCGCUGAUUCGACCAUCGCUGAAAGGGAACGGCAGAUUCGCGUGCUGGAAGAAGUCAUUGAACAAAACAGAAUACGUGUUUGCGACCUCACGGCCAAGGUUGAGAUGAUCGAGCGCGAGCGCCACCAAGCGGUCGAGAGCCUUGAACAUACCAACGCGGAGCAAGCUCUAAAACAUGAUCAAGAGAUUGGAUUGAUGAAUGUUCGCGUCUCGGAACUCAACACGGCGCUCGACACGGUCAAAGCGGAAGCAGAGAAGCUCCGUCUCAGCAAUGCUGGACUAGAGGAACAGCUGCGCCUAGAGGUCGAAACGAGAGACGGGCUUUUGGAUCAAUGGGUUGCCGAACAAACACGGGCGUAUGCGUCCAUGAAAGCCACAGUCAAUGCUGAGCGCCGCAAGGCAAAGGUGCGAGCGGCGAACUGGGAGUUGAAAUCGGAGGAAUUGCAGUCGGACAAUAUGGAAAUGGGGAGUGAGCCCAUCACCCCUGUCAGCAUGACGCGAUUUGUAGACGUCGAGGUUGGCCGCGGAAAGCACCGCAGGCGGCUCGACAGCGGAAUCGGGAUUCUUACAGAGGAUGAGUUGGAAGAGGAACUAGAGGAGGACCAGCAGUUGCUCCCUUCUGACCCAGCCGAUCUUUGA